AAAUGAGAUUUCUUAUUUUAGCUUAUCCUUUAUCUGAUUUGUUUUAAAAAAAACAAGCGAAGACUUUUUUUUUAUUGGUUUUAAAACCAACAAAUAUUUCGAACUUAUAAAGAGUAAAAGAAAGAGAAAAAAAAAGAUUUAAAAACCAAAAGCGAGGGAGAUGAAUAUAUGGAAACGAGCUUCCGUAGCUCUCAAGGACGGAACUAGCCUCAUCGCGGCGGACGACCUCCUCAAGGCAGCCGUCGUCAAAGCCACAAACCACGACGAGUACUGCAUCGAUCCAGAGAACGCUCUCUUCAUCUACCGCCACGUCCGCGCCACCCCGGCGAGCCUCAAGCCUCUCAUCAGCGCCAUCUCCUCCCGCGUCACGCGCACGCGCAGCUGGGUGGUUGCUUUAAAAGGCUUGAUGCUGAUGCACGGCUUCUUCCUCUCGAAAACCACCGCCGCGGAGUCGAUCGGACGGUUACCGUUCGAUCUCUCCGCGUUCGGCAGGGAAGGAAACUCGCGGACGAGCAGCAGCAGCAGAUCCGGCGGGUUCAACCUCUUCGUGCGCGCGUACUUCGCGUUCCUCGACAGGCGCUCGAUCCUCUUCCACGACGGGAACCGUCACCGGUACGACGAGGAGUCGUCGGUGAUGAUAAGGCUCGUGAUCAUACGCAAGAUGCAGGUGAUCAUCGACUCGCUGGUUCGGAUCAAACCGAUCGGGGAGAGCGUGAGGAUACCUGUGAUCAACGAGGCGAUGGAGAACGUGAUCAGCGAGAUUCUGGAGAUCUACGGCUGGAUCUGCCGCCGGAUCGCGGAGGUGUUGCCGAACGUGAACUCGAAGUCGGGGAAACGGCAGGCUGACGUGGCGUUGAAGAUCGUCGCGAAGUCGAUGACGCAGGGGGAGGAGCUUGUCAAGUAUUUCGUGUUCUGCAGAGAUCUUGGAGUGGCGAAUGCUCAGGAGAUUCCGAAUUUCGUGAGGAUUCCGGUGGAUGAUGUCAUUCAUCUACAUGAGAUCGUGUGGACGGAUAAAGAAGAAGAGCAAGGGGGAGAGGAGGAGCCGGAUGAGGGUGAGAAUGGUGAGGAGAGGGCGAAGUGUGUAGAAGAAGGAGAAGAGGAGAUGGAGCGUGAACUGAUUCCUGUAAUUGAUGAUUUGAUAAAACUUGAUGAUGAUGAAGCUAUGGAGGAUGACGAGCCCCCAACUGCUCCUCCUGUAGUUGAUGUUCCAGACUUAAUUAGCCUUUAAUUAUGUUUAUAUUCUCUCUGUAUUAAUUAACUUGGACUGGUUAUUAUUUGUUUAUAUGGUCCCAAAUUAUCAAAUUAAUUUCGUGAUUCUAUAAUAAUUUAAGGCUUAAUAUCUUGAUUUAUUCUAUUUAUAGCUAUAUAAAACAUGUAAAUG